GUCCCAUAAUUAUUGUCCAUUUUUAUUAAAAAAUUUUGUUUCAUAAUUAUUGUCCAAUUUGACUUUUUAUGGAAUAAAUUACAUAUUUGACCUUUAACCAUUUUAUUCCGUUGGCUACAUACAGUAGAAGUGAAAGCAAAAAGAAGCCCCCCUUCUUCUUCCCCAGAUAAAAGCCGCCAAAAAAAAAAUUAGCAAAAUUCCAGAGAGCUAAAAGAAAUGGUGUUUUUCUCUAACCCGUUGGCAUCAAUCGAACCCAACCCGGCAUUUUAGUCAUGGAUCUGAGAAAAGGCUACCUUGAAAUUCUCGACCAACGAACCUCAGACCUCCACCGUAUACCCAUAGCCGCCGCCGGGGACGGCGCCGCUUCCACCUCCGUUUCGGCCUCCUCAGGCGGAUCCGACAAUUCGAACGCUGCAACCCAUAUCUCCACCUUCCUCCCAUACGGUGCCUUUGUUUCUUGUUUCUCAUAUUUAAAAAUACUGAUUUCUUUCCUCACUCUCAAUUCUUUUGCCAAGCUCACCAACGAUGACUUUGCCGGCAACACUCCUUGGACUAAAGCUUUUAUUGGCUCCUUAAUUGGCUCCAACUCGUUUCCCACCUCGCUGGAAACAUCAAUUGAAUCUUAGAGAAAAGACUUGAAAUUAUUCAUCAUAUGAAAAUUUAAAGAUUAUGGGUCAAUCGUGAAGAACAAAUGAAGUUUGAAUAUUUGAAUGUGGAAAAAUCUUUACCGAUAGUUCAAACUAAAAAAUAAUUAAAUUUGACGAAAAAUAAAAAUUUUCA